AGGACAAGAACGUUUUGGGGAAGGGCGAGAGGAAGAAAUAAGAAGUGAAACAGUAAAGACAAAGAGGAAGAACAGUGCCAGGAGGGCUGGUCCUUGAAACUGAUGCAUGAUGGGAGAAGCCUCUAUCUGGAAAGGGCCAACCUGGGCUUGGUCUCCGCAAAUAUUUUUCACACAGUGCUGGUCACAGCAUGCUUCCUCUUUCAAACUGCAACUGAGUCUUGAUUCAGUUAAGACACAGAGGAGCUGAUGCAGGAAUACAGACGCUGAGGCAUGGAAUGACAUAGAGACACAACCAUUUUGGACCUGAAGAUCAGAUAGUGCUUGUGGUGUCCAUCUCGGCUGCUUCCAGCCUUUGGAUAAAAAGACAACUCGUGCCAGUCAGACGCGUUUUCUGAACUGUUAAUAGUGUGUGCCUUCUGGAAGGAAUUUAUAUGCCUCAUUCAAUCAAAGGAUAAUCCAAAACAGGAAGAAGUGCUUUGGCUAUGCUGACCAGGAUCAGAAGCAGUGUAUAAGGAAAGAAGCCAGAUAGCUUACAAGAAUUAUUCUCAUGUGGACUCUUCUCUUUGAUCCAAAUCUUGAUGUGAAAUGAGUACAGACUUCCACAAACUCCUUUUUGACAUUUCUGAGGCUUUGGUCGCAGAUGAACUGGCAGCUCUGAAGUUCCUCAGCCUGGAGCACAUCCCCAUGAGGAAACUGGAAGCCAUCCAGGAGCCCAAGGCCUUCUUCGAAGUGCUGCAGGAGAAAGGCAUGAUUGAGGCGGGGAACCUGUCCUUCCUGAAGGAGCUGCUCUAUCGGAUCAGUCGGAUCGACCUCUUGGAAGCCCAGCUGGGCUCCAGCCGAGAGGAGAUGGAGAGAGAGCUUCAGAUCCCAGGCAGGGCAUGGGUGUCAGCCUACAGGCAACUGUUAUAUGGAAUUGCAGAGGACUUGACUCCAGAAGAUGUCAAGAGCGUGAAGUUCCUGCUCCAAAAACGAAUACCAAAGAACAAGCUUCAGGAUAAUGCUCUUCAUUGCAUCCUGAUGCUUGUUUUAAUGAGGUUUGGAGGAAAAAGAAAUUGGUCUUUAGCUGGUCAGUCUCUGGGAAUGGGGAUGUUUCUCCUGCUUUGUCCAGAAGUGCCUGAUACUGCAGUUAUUGAAGGUUACUGUAUGAAUUUGGGUUAUGUGGUUUUGUUUUACCAGUCGAUGUUGAAGGUCUUACUGGAAAUGGAAAGAAAUGGGCUAAUUAAAGAAGAUGACCUGGCAAUGCUGAAAUAUAUAUUAAAUGGAUUUAGAGCUGAUGUAAAGAAAAAAAUUGAUACCUAUGAAGAAAAAAAAAAAGAAAGUGAUUCUAAGGAAAAACUCCACUAUCCAAUGUCCAUGUCUGUGCAUCCAGGAGCAGAGGGUGAGACACCACACCUGCUUGUGGAAUCAUAUAAGAUGAAAAAUAUUCCCCAUGGUUAUUGUGUGAUUCUUAACAACUACAUUUUUAAAAAUCCGUAUGAAGCCAGAGAAGGAACAGUGAAAGACAAAGAGGCUGUGGAAAGGGUCUUUAAGUGGCUUCAGUUUGAGACAGUUGAGCACAUGGAUCUAGAAGCAAAGCAAAUGUAUGCAAAAAUUAAAGAAUACAGCAAAAAAGAUCAUAGUAAUAUGGACUGUUUUGUUUGCUUCAUUUUUUCCCAUGGUGAGAAAGACAAAAUAAAAGGCGUUGAUCAUAAGUUUGUAAAUAUUAAGGACUUACUCUCCUGCUUCAGUGGAUCUAAUUGUCCUUCUCUUGCUGGCAAACCCAAGCUGUUUUUCAUCCAGGCUUGCCAAGGCUCUGUAGGUCAUCCAGGUGUCACAGUAAAAGAAGACUCUUCUGGCCAUCUUGAGACGGAUGCUACCCCUCUGACUUCCAUUCCUGAUCAGGCUGAUAUUCUGGUUGGCAUGGCUACAGUGGAAGACUAUGAGUGCUACCGCUGUACAGAGACUGGCAGUGUUUAUGUUCAAUGCCUCUGUGACAAGAUGAAGUUGCUUUGCCCACUCCACAAGGAUCUCAUAACCAUCCUGACAGAAGUGAACAAGGAAGUGGGAGGAAGAGUAUUAAAUGGAUGGAAGCAGAUGCCAAAGAUAACAUCAACCCUACGGAAACAAUUGAUCUUCCAAAUUCCACAAAGUCCAUCAACUGAAAAGUAGAAAAAUAAGAAUACACUCAGGAAUCACAUCUGGAAUGGGCUUCCGCAGGGAAGAGAAUUUGCUGGAGAAAUUAUCUGGAUCUGUGUAGUUAGCCCCAGUCCUUCAAGGGGCCAUGGGACCUAAAUUUUCCAAUUCCCACGUUUAAUCAGUCUCCUGGCACCUGGAUCUGUAGCAGUCUGGUAAGGCUGCGGAGGAGUACAGAUCUGGCUGGCUGUCCUGCAGAAGAAGUGGAGUCUGUUCAGUCUGGGUUUCAAGUGAGGAAGCACUUCCAAGUAGUAUGAUUUUUAAGACUUAUUGGAAAUGCCAAUGGAAGUCCCAUAUCUGUCUUAGUUGUUUUAAGUCCCCAAAAUUUGAAGAAAAGAACAGAUAGAUUCAGAAUGCUAGCUCCUUUUCCAGGGAGCAUGUGUAAGAUUGUAACUGAUUUACCCAGAGGUGAAUCAUUGGCUGUCUCUGGAAGCUGUAUAAUUUUUCAUGGAAAAUAAUAUCCCUGUCCAGAAGGACCAAAAAAAAAAGAUUAUUAUGAUAAUACAAGUUUGGUUCUUUUCCUCCAAGUAUUUGGUUUGCUUUAUGUUAUUAAUUUACUUGGCUAAACAGCACUACUGUUUAGCUUUUUAACAGUAAGGGUUCUAAUCGUGUUUUUUUCUCAGAGCUCUUAGGGGACAGUCUGUUUUGAAUGGCUGUCAACGGCGGGAAAGAAGGUCCCACUCCAUUAGAUCCACUACUCUGAGAUGCCUUCUCCUCCUGGCAACUGACUCUACCUCCUGUGGACUCUUGUUUCUCUUGUAAUAAAUACUCCUGGCUUUCACAUC